GACCAAUCGCGGUCAGAUUUUUUAAACCGAUAGUUUUGUCUUUGCCUUGCCAUAGGUAUCAGUCUCUCUCACCGCGAAGAUGACCAUGAUGGGCUAGACUGAUCGUAGCGACGAAACGUUAAUGUAUAUAAAUUAACGGUUUUAUUAGCUUAAUUUGCAAAGUAUUAUCACAACAGAAGCCGUAUUAGCCAGCCCUUAAGAUGCCUCUUCGGGCCGGCGAGCGGCGUGGCGGUGGCAGGUCCUUAUGCUUCCUUAUUCUACUAAACGUGUUGUUUUCAGCCGGAGUUAUAGCAACUCAAGAAGAGAAUAAAGUCAUUCGCGAGGAGAAGCCAGCGGAGCUGCAGAAGGCAACCACCGGUCACGCACUCGGCCCGGCAGUGAGUGUCGAUGAAUCCAGUAAGGGAAACCUGGGCUUUAUUCAUGCCUUUGUGGCAGCCCUCUCAGUCAUCAUUGUCUCUGAACUGGGAGACAAGACGUUCUUCAUCGCAGCCAUCAUGGCUAUGCGCUACAAUCGCCUCACUGUUUUGGCAGGCGCCAUGUUGGCUCUGGGACUCAUGACGUGUCUGUCAGUCCUGUUUGGUUAUGCCACCACCAUCAUCCCACGGAUCUACACCUACUACAUAUCGACAGCGCUGUUUGCCAUAUUUGGUGUGAGGAUGCUGAGGGAGGGAAUGAGGAUGAGUCCUGAUGAAGGGCAAGAGGAGCUGGAGGAGGUCCAGGCUGAGAUAAAGAAAAAGGAUGAAGAGCUUCAGCGCUAUAAGCUAGCCAACGGCUCGCCUGACGUGGAAGCGGGGACGGCGGCUACCAUAUUACCUCAGAGAAGGUGUCAAGGCGUGAUUUCACCGAUAUUCAUUCAGGCGCUCACCCUCACCUUCCUCGCAGAGUGGGGCGACCGCUCUCAGCUUGCCACUAUUGUGCUGGCUGCAAGAGAGAAUCCAUUUGGAGUAGCAGUUGGGGGAACAUUGGGACACUGUCUGUGCACAGGCCUGGCUGUUAUCGGCGGAAGGAUGGUGGCUCAGAAGAUCUCCGUAAGAACCGUUACAAUCAUUGGUGGAAUCGUUUUCCUGGCCUUUGCGUUCUCUGCCCUCUUUAUCAAGCCUGAUUCUGGAUUCUGAUGGAAAAAC